CUUCCGCACCGAGCCACCUCCCCCUCUCUCUCUCUCUCUCUCUCUCUCUCUCUCUAAGCCUGCAAAUAUCCGUUCUCUUCCACUCCUGCACGAAGUUCACAGUCACAUUUUGAUCAGCAAAAAUGCAUGCGAAUCAUUUGCUUCUUGAGGAGCCUAUCAGGAUGGCCUCCAUCCUCGAGCCAUCAAAACCUAGUUUCUUUCCUGCAAUGACGAAGAUCGUGGGGACUUUGGGCCCCAGGUCUCGAUCCGUGGAUGUUAUUUCUGGCUGUCUAAAAUCUGGAAUGUCUGUGGCACGAUUCGAUUUUUCGUGGGGAGACCCUGAGUUUCACCAACAGACUCUGGAAAACUUGAAGUUGGCUGUGAAGAGUACUAAGAAGCUAUGUGCUGUAAUGCUAGACACGGUGGGUCCUGAGUUGCAGGUUAUUAAUAAAAGUGAGAAAACUAUUUCACUUCAGGCGGAUGGCAUUGUUGUUUUGACACCUAAUCAAGAUCAGGAAGCCUCGAUAGAAGUAUUGCCCAUCAACUUUUCUGGACUGUCAAAGGCAGUCAAGAAAGGAGACACUAUAUUUGUCGGUCAAUAUCUUUUCACAGGAAGUGAAAGUACUUCUGUUUGGCUGGAGGUAGAUGAAGUGAAAGGUGAAGAUGUGGUUUGUGUGAUAAAGAAUACUGCAACACUGACUGGGUCAUUGCUCACUCUACAUGCCUGUCAAAUUCGUAUUGAUCUGCCUACUCUCUCUGAUAAAGAUAAGGAAGCCAUAAGUACGUGGGGUGUUCAAAAUAAAAUUGACUUCCUCUCUCUAUCAUAUACUCGGCAUGCAGAAGAUGUUCGUGAAGCCCGUGAAUUUUUAUCUAAGCUGGGUGAUCUCAGUCAGACUCAAAUUUUUGCAAAAAUUGAAAAUGUAGAGGGUUUGACGCAUUUUGAUGAGAUCCUAAAAGAAGCAGAUGGUAUAAUCCUCUCUCGUGGAAAUCUUGGUAUAGAUCUCCCACCACAGAAGGUAUUCCUAUUUCAAAAGGCUGCUGUUUACAAGUGUAACAUGGCUGGAAAGCCUGCAGUGAUAACUCGUGUUGUGGAUAGUAUGACUGACAAUCUUAGACCAACUCGUGCAGAAGCAACUGACGUUGCCAAUGCUGUAUUGGAUGGAACUGAUGCAAUCCUUCUUGGUGCUGAGACUUUGCGUGGCUUGUAUCCUGUUGAGACUAUUUCUAUUGUUGGUAAAAUUUGUUCUGAGGCGGAGAAAGUUUUCAACCAGGACCUGUACUUUAAGAAGACUGUCAAAUAUGUUGGAGAACCGAUGACCCACUUGGAAUCCAUUGCUUCAUCUGCGGUGAGGGCGGCUAUUAAGGUGAAGGCAUCUGUUAUUAUUUGUUUCACUUCAUCUGGAAGGGCUGCAAGAUUAAUUGCGAAGUAUAGGCCGACAAUGCCUGUUCUAUCAGUUGUCAUUCCUCGUCUCAAGACAAAUCAACUACGGUGGAGUUUUAGUGGUGCAUUCGAGGCAAGGCAAUCGCUUAUAGUCAGAGGUCUUUUCCCCAUGCUCGCUGAUCCUCGGCAUCCCGCUGAGUCUACAAAUGCAACGAACGAGUCAGUUCUAAAGGUUGCACUCGAUCACGGAAAGACCUCCGGAGUUAUAAAGUCACAUGAUCGAGUUGUUGUUUGCCAGAAAGUUGGGGAUGCAUCUGUUGUCAAGAUUAUCGAGCUUGAAGAUUAGAACAUAUAGCUACAACUAGUUUCAAGCCAUUCUGACGGCUUACCUCCGAUUUUGGAAAGUGGCGGUGGACUGUUGCCAUCACCUGUGCGGUUCAAAUCUUGUGGUCUUGGAGAUUAUCUUACAAAGUCGCAUAUAUUAUGAAUGUACACUUGAAAAAUUGGAGUGGUGUAAAAUAAGUCCAAUUUUUGCUUGGAUAUAUGAGUGGGAGCUUUCAGAUUUUAUUCUCAGUAAUUUUAUAAAUGGACAGCUCUGGUGUUGAGCAGAAAUGGAUCCUUUUUGCAUCAAUAAAUGUUUAUCCCAAUAUGGAUGUUUGGGUGUUGAAGGUUUUCAACUUUCAUUUUAUAA